GCGCGGGAUGCGGCGGGAGGCGGCGCUGCGGUCCGCUGAGCGGCUUUCCGGUGGCAGAUGAUAAAACUGAGGCUUAGAGAAGCCCAAGGAAACACUUCCACCAAGCGGUAGAGAUGGCAGUCAAUUCAGAUAUUUUAAGGAAAGAAUCAGUUGUUUGCAUAUUUGCAUCGCAACCUCUAACCUCUCCUGAGGACACAAGGCUGUCUGACGAUUAAGCCCCAGGCGCGGCGCCGGGACUGCGGACCCAGCCUCUGAAUGCUGACUAGGUUUCUGCGCACUCCCAGCGUGAGGCAAGAACGUGUUUGUAGCUGGGAGGCAAACAGAACACCCGAAGCCGGAGCAAGGAUUUUGAAAAAUAGUCGUCUUAUGUAUAAAUUUAUUUUGCUGUUAGUGUUUUCUUUCUUUGCCCGUUUCAUUAUUCCUUAUUUCCAGUUUCUUUUAAAAUAGAUGAGUUUUGUUUGAUAUUCUCCUGACCAAAGUUUUGGUCACUUGUUGUUGAAUGAAUGCUACAGUCUUGAUUUUUAAAUGUUCUUUGUUUCUUUGUCAUUUAAAUACCAAGCCGUUGAUGGGUGGCCGACCCCCGCCCGUGGUAGAGAAAGCCUGGUGCUUUCCACACAAGAUGCCCGCGUGGCCUUCUCUCUAUGCAAAUGAGGGCCCAGCUGGCAACACCGGAGGUACUGGAGGGCGACACCUUAGGAGCUUGAGAUACGAGAUGGAAUAAAGAGAAUGUCCGAGAAUUUACCCAUCAGCGGAGAGCCCUGUCUGAGGGACUGAUGGCAUUUCAACAACGAGCUGCAGUUACCUGGUUGUAUGUGCUUUUCAAGUUUCUGUUCCGCUGAGGCUACUGUGUGUGCGAGCCUGGUGGCCUGACCAUCAUCGUUAACCUUAGAGUGUGUUGCCUACUGGUGAAGGAAAGGACAUACUCGGGGCCUCAGAACAGAUACUGCCACACCCUAGAGAUGCCCUAUUGAUUGUGUGGCAGUGUGUUUGUCUGGGAUGGCAACGCACAUCUUUCAGUCUCCGGAAAUACAUGGUUUUCAAUCUUCAGCUUUUGAGGGGUUUUGCCUCGAGAAAGACCCCAGUGCAGUGCCCCCUGCUGAGUCGCUCCAGGCAAGAAGACCCAGAGCCAUCAACAUUGAAACAAAAAGCAAAGGAGCGGUACCACACUGUCUCCGUCACAGUAGCUUUGUAGAGCGUGUUGACACUGGGACAUCCUGGAUGCCUUCCGCUCUGUUUCUGGCCAGAGCCUCCAGUGCGAUGUUGAAAAGAGGUGGUAAGACUGGUCCUCCUUGUGUUGCUGACAAUCUCAGGAGGAAAGCACUCAGCCAUUUGGAGGAAUUUGGACUUCACCCUGUAUGUGAAGACACAGAGAGAACAUCAUCUACAAACCGAGGAAUGGCCGAGACCACCAGAUCUAGGAGAGAGAUCCAACAGCUAUGGCUUGUAGCUGUGUGCGACUUCCUCCUUCACAGCUUACGGGGUCCUACCCACGGAAUGGAAAAUCCAGCCACGGUCACACCCGCCGUCCAGGUGGUGUUGGACAUGACAAUGAAUUCAUCACCGCCAGAACACAGUGCUGCUUCUAAACUGGUUACACAAUACCAGUUGUGAGCUGUACCACCCCUAAUGUGGAUCCCAGUCAGGACACCGAGUGACAUUCAGCUGUCCUAUCUCUUUGGGCUCCACCUGCCUGUGACAAUUUCUCUGACUUGCCUUGUUCCUGAUGACUUGAACAGGUCAAGUAUUCUGGAGAACGUCCCUUCAUUGGACCUUGUCAGAUGGUUUUCUCACGGUCAGACGUGUGGGUUUGGGGAGGAGGGCCACAGAGGUGAGGUGCGUGCUCAUUACUCCCUACCAGGGGUACAAGCCAUCCCCGACCUUGGUCACCUGAUGGAGGGUGUUUGUCAGGCUUCCCCGUGUAAACUUACUCCCCCAAACUUUCCAUAUGUGCUUUGUGGAAGGACGUCGUGAUGCUUGAGGGGUGGGCAGGGAGGCCCUCCUUGCGAAGGCAGACUACGUGCGUAAGUUAUUUGGAAAUCUUCUGCAUAGACGUGUGUUGAUUCUACUCCACUUAUUUAAUCAACAAUUUAUUUGCAUUAUAUGGACUCAUGUGGGCUCAAUAAUUAUAUGGAUUCACGCAGUAUGAACAUUUUAUUGUGCUUUGACUCUUAAUCUAAUACUAUGCUGUUUAGUUGUUGGUCAGAUUAUGCCAGCCUUGCCACCUUCUCAGUGGGUUCCUAGCUUCCCCACUGUGCCUUUCCGGGCUUCUCCUUACCCUGAGGCACCGUAGAACGAUCCAGGCUCCUUUUGCAUUUCUCAGGCCUAGGGUCAGCCAUUUCUCCUAAGAACCCUAGUGCCUUUUUAUUGGAGGAUGAUGUUCCAAACUAAGGUCUGGGCAAUAGGUGCAUUCAUUGCUCCUGGGGUCUGUUCCUUUUGGUCCCUCUCAGAUGGCACACAAGCAAACGUACGUGUGCAUACGACUGUGUGUCUGCACCCAUUGUAGAUACCUCAGUAGGUAGCCAGAUGUGUCUGUAUUAAGCUGAACACGGGUCAUACUGAUGUCUUCAGCUUUGAUGUGCUACACAUGGGUUGUUGGAGCUCCCUCCCCUCGCUCGUCUGUGAACUCCCACUCUAGAGGUGAAAGCACCUGGCACUGACCAUCCACUGCCCAUUGAUUUAAUUGUUUGUCUAUAGUGGCCCCGUUCCCCAGGGGAAAUGCUGUCUCUGCUAGAGUUCUGUACCCACGCAUGGUUCCCUUUGCCUUCUGUCUUCAGGCUUCACUCAUUUCCAGAGUGACGAAGGUCAGCACCCCCUUCAGUUCUGUCAUACCUUGUAAUACAAUUAAAUUCGUUUAUCAUUA